GUGGUGAUGGUGGUGUUGCAAAGGGCUUGAUCGACCCACUGACCACUGUCGUAUGUGCAAGAAGAUGGGUAGAAGAAGCAAUGGUAGAGAAAGCAGCAAUGGUCAGAUUAGUGGCGCAAGACCCCAACUGCGGCGUACACGAAGGGGGUCAAACUUUGACUCAAAGUGAUGUGGAGCCUCACAGCAUCAGCUGGUUGCGACAUCAACAAAAGGCGAUGUACCUCCGUUGGUGGCAUGUAACAUUUGCUGCCAUCUCAAUCAGAAUCAUGCCUCUGGACAGUUUGUUACAAGGCUCCUAUCCCCUUUGGAAACUGCAUGCCUCAACUGAAAAUAAGAACUAUCAUUUCUCUCAACCACUCUCAUGACACCAGAAUUUCUGCUCUAUUGAGUAUGUUUCUCUGACAGCAGUUGUUACCGUGCUCGUCUCCUUGGAGCCAGACAGAUAGCCAGCCAGCCAGCCAAGAGUGCCCAGAAAGAUAGCGUCCCUGCUUCAGCGCCACUCCUGCAGAUUUUUCUACGCGAGCAUUGGGAGUUUUCUGUAACUUCUUUUAGGUGGCAAGUCAUGGUUCUUGCUUGUUGCUACUGGGAAACUGGUUGCUUGGGGCUAGCUGCUGGUGGCCAGUGUGCUAUUGAAGUGGAAGCAAAGAAACCAGCAGCCUCUCACCUCCAUAUAAGCCUCCGGGAGCUUGUGAUGUUUCUUGCAGCCCAGAUCCUUGAGAAAGCAGCACGUCCAUGGCCUCUGAUCGCGUCGAGGUCGACACCGCCCGCCCUUUCCGGUCCGUGAAGGAGGCGGUCGCGGUGUUCGGGGAGCGCAUCCUCGUUGGAGGGAGCAACUCCAGGUACAACGGCAAUGCGGUUGCCCUCGCCGAUCCGCAUGCCAAUGCCACCCCUAGUGCCAAGCACGAAGAUAGCAGUAGGAGCAGUACCGCCACCCUUUCUCCAAAUGCAAUGGCAGAGGUAGAUGCGGAGCCAGGGCCAGAGGCAAUGACAGCUAUCGUGCCAAUGUACUCCGCGCACUCCUCGCCGUCGUUCACGUCGCCGCGUUCGGCGUAUGAAGACGACGGCGAGCUUGGUUGCCAAGACGAGGAAGCCGGGCUCGCGGUUGUGAGCUCCAUCAAGAAGCUGGAGGCGGAGGUGGCCGAUACGAGACGGGAGGUGCUGCAGCUCAGGAAGAGGGGCACCGAGAUGGAGAUGGCCGUGGCCACCCUCAACGCGCAGCUCCACCGAGGCCUCUCGAGGCUGGCCGAGAUCGAGGCCGACAAGGCUGCGGCGGCGGCACGCCGCAGCAUCGGUGGAGACACCGACGUGAUGGCGGCGGCCAUGGUGCGGAGCGAGCGGUGGGCCGAGAAGUCCAGCACGUACAGCAGCGAGUACCUGCCGUCCUUCAGCCACGCGCUGAGCCUCGGCGAGAUCGACGACGACCUGCUCGGCGGCAGGAGGAGGAAGGCGCAGAAGGUGAAGCCCAUCGUGCCCCUCAUCGGCGACAUCCUCUUCUCCAAGAGUUUCUCCAAGAGGAAGAGCGGCAAGGACAGCGGGGAUCUCUCCGGCGUGUUAGGGUGAUCAUCACUUGCUUGCUGCGUGCUCAGGUUGUGGCUGCUUGCGUUGCGUGUGGUUUGGAUGGAGCAUGUGCUUUCUUUCUCUUUGCUUGGGGUUUUUCAUUUUUUUUCUUUUCUUCGUGCUCUUGUUUGUGCGAGCCUGUAAAUGUAAAAUACUGAUGAAUGUUUGUACCUAUAGUGUGUUUUAGAUCGUGACUGUUUUCUGAUUUGGCUAGCUGUUUUAGAGUAGAGGUGUUCGGCUACCUCACUUCUGUUUUAAAGUAGAGUUGUUCGGCUACCACA